GAGGUCUCCGGUGCAGUUCUCCGCGUGCUCUCGGAGUCUCCGAGCUCAGCCAAAGGAAUGGUUUUGCGUGGCUGACGUCAGGAAUACAUCACGAGCGGAGCGCGGCCCACUCGGCUGUGUGGGCAGGGAAGCUGCAGCUGAGGACGAUAUGAGGAGCAGCCGUGGAAGAGGGGACUCAGUCCGACCUUGUCUGGCUCGCAGUCCCGCGCCAGGCCGUGCGUAAAAACGCCGCUAAAAACAAGUUGACCGCGUCUUUAAAAGGCGCCUCUCCGUGCGCGCGGCUACAACUUUGGCUUCCAUUCAUAUUUUUUGUUUCCUUCUCCCGUCCACGUCUGCCUGAUGCGCACAGGAACAGAGCAAGACUACUACAACCUCUUCCGCAUAUUGGAUUUCUAUGCAAAGAGAAGGUCGCUCAUGUCCCUGCAAGGAUUUCUUGAAAUGAAGACUGCUGCUGCAAUUUUUACUUGAAUUCUCUCUCUCUUUUUUUAUUUUCUUGACAGUUUUCCCUCAAAAGAUUUCCUACAAUUUGUGAAGUAUUCGUUUCCUGCGUGGGAUCAGUCGCUGCAUCGCUUUGCAUUUGAAUAUAACCCAGUUUUUUUUUUUUUUUUUUGUUUUUUUUUUGGAGAAACCUCUGCAGCGCGUCGUACUGCGCACGAAUCCGACCCACGAUGCGCUUAAUUUAGGAAAACGCAGAGAUCAUCUGAAAGUGCCAAAUCGAACCGGAAUGGAAAACGAGCGCAAUCGCAAUAUCGUAGUGAAGUAUAUCUGCCAUAAACUCUCCAAACGCGGAUACGCGUGGAGCUUGGACGCUGCGCGGGAUGAGGACGCGGAUAAUAACGGGUCCCUAGUUGACCCCGAGCCGACUCUGGUCCGCCGGUGCCGGGAGGCGGCCGGAGCCGGGCCCGACAGCGAGGACGACAGCCCCCGCCUGUGCAGGCGGCCGCAGCAGUCCGACCCGCACGCCGCCAUCCACCGGGUCCUGCGGGAGGCUGGGGACGAACUUGAGAGACUCUACCAGCCGGACUUCACGGAGAUGUCGCGGCAGCUGUACCUCACCUCCUCCACGGCGCAGAGGAGGUUCGCCGAGGUGAUAGACGAACUGUUCCGGGACGGGGUGAACUGGGGCCGGAUUAUCGCCUUCUUCGAGUUCGGUGGCACGGUGUGCGUGGAGUGCGUGUCCAAGGAGGACAUGACGGCGCAGGUGGACAACAUCGCGGACUGGAUGACGGAGUAUUUAAAUGGACCUCUUGACAGCUGGAUACGGGAUAACGGGGGAUGGGAUGCGUUUGUGGAUCUGUACGACCGGCAGAGGGAGUCCGUCUUCAGCUGCUCGUGGCCGUCCAUAAAGACGGUGUUCGGCCUGGCCGCGCUCGGCGCCGCCAGCCUCACCAUCGGAGCGUACCUCACCCAGAAGUGACCCCGCCCGCUUCAUCUGCCUCCUCUCCUCCUCCUCCUCUUUUUUUCCUUCCUCCUUUUUUUUUUUUUUUUUUUUAAAGAUGCCCCCGACCCCUCAGAGAGCGAGUGGAGGACGUCGGGGGAGAAGUGCAUCUCCGAUGUAAUCACACUAAGCUGAGGAGGAUCCAGGAUCAGCAGCAGCUGCUCUCUUUUUUGUUCUGCCUGCUUCUCUACUAGUUAUAGCAUGAACGUGGAGUGUUAGUGUAGACGUUGCAUGUGUGCGACGGGAGAGGGGGGGGGGCGGGGGGUGUGAUGGCGGCCGUGCCCGAGAGGAAUUGGCCCCGCCCCCGCUCGUUAGGGCGCAGGACCCCGUUUGAACCGUGAACCCGGGUCACCUCCCUGCAGCCGCCCUUCAAAGGACUUCCUGUGCCGAGCAGCUGCUGCGAAUGCAUAAUGGAAACGUCUCGCUGCAGCCCAGCGUGGUGAACUCUGAACACGCCACGCCGCCGUGUACUCGCCAUACCGAGCUCGGCUCACUGUCCAAGCGAGCCGUUUCACAGGGCAGAGCCGCUCUCAUGCUGUAAAACUGUUUGAAAUAAAACCCCCAACGCUGCCGGAAAUCCACUUUCAAGUUUGUAAAACCUUUAAGAAAAGAGACCAUUUGAUUGGGUUUUUUUAUUUUUAGGUAAUUAUGGGGCAAGUGGAGUAUUUUUUGCUAGCAUGGCGGCCAUUUUUGAAGCCAGAAACUCUCCAAAUUCAACAAUCUGGUCCAACCUUUAACUCUGGUGCUGAAAUAACUCCGUUUUUAGUUCUGGUUUAAAUGUUGACUGAAGUCUUGAACAGGUGGAACAAGGCGACUAACUAGGUGCUCGAAUAAAUCCGUUCUGCUAUUCAACAUGUUAGGUUCAAACUCCAAUUCCAUCUGGAUGACGACUGGCAAGCUGACAAAACAUUCAUUUCUUGGGGAUUGCAAUGGAAGAUAAACUAGCUUAGCGGUCAUUUUUGCUAGCUUUGAGCUAGCAAAAACCAAAACUCUGCUUCAAGCUUUAGCUUUGCUGUCGGAUUUGAUUUCACUCGGCACGGAGUGAACAAGUUGGUUGAAAUUAUUUUAGCACUUAUUUUAAGUAAAAACCUACUUUCAGCUUUGCCAAAUCUUUGUUCUUUAUGCUUAGUUGCACAAACUAAAUUACCCAAUUUGCUUUUUGCGAGCAUAAAUCUCAAGUCAUAAAACAAAAAGAAUAGCUUCUGCUAGCUUAGCGGCUACAUUUCCAGCCUGAGGUUGGUUGUUCGUUUCUCAAAUCUCUAAGACCUGAUUCAAAUGUUGGCAUAAACAAGAGCGAGACCAUUGAUCUUGUGGAAAGUCAGUAAUUGUGCUUGCUUAGCUCUCUUAGCGGACUUGUUACUAGUUAUUCGAUUUGGUCUGUAGCUCCAUGAGUGUCCUCCCCAUGGAAAGAAAAAUGCUAAUUCAACUUUUUUCAGCAUUUUUUCAAACUGACUUCAUGUUUUAUAGAUUUGAAAGUUGGAUUUAAUGAAUCUCGACCCUCUCUUGAUUUAAUCGAGUCUAAAUAUUGUGAUUAUCGGGACCUGCUUUGGUUUAAUCUAAUUGCAAAAAAAUAACAAAAUUCCUCCUCUAUACAUUUUCACUAAUAAACGUAAUUACAGCAUGAAGAGGCUGAAAAUCUGCUUACAACUGUUUUUCCUGGACUUUCAUCUGAAAAUGCCGGACUGCAGCAUCGCCUUUGAUUUGCAGAACUGUGAAAGCUCCUUCAUUUAACCUGACCCGUCUGAGAGGUCGGACCUGUGGAGCUUUCUAAGAACAUUAGUCAAAUUUCCAAAAAAACAUACGAGGAAAAACAAGGAGCACAGCACAAGCAGACAAGGUAAUAAACGCUGCAUUCAGAGACACAAACGGACGAUUUCCGAGGAUGGAUUCCUGCUUGAGAGUGAACCAAGACACUCCUCCGCUCAACGACUUCAAACCGUUACCAUCACCCACCUUUCAGCGCACCAAAUCUUAGAAAUCUCUCACUUCUUCUUAAUUUUCUACCUCUGUUGUAGCUUUUUUUCUUUCUUUCUUUCUUUCUUUCUUUUUUUUAACUCUUCAGUUCUUUUUGAAGGUUCCUAAUUAAACCAGUUCAGUCCCGGCUUUGAACAAGCAUCUGGUAAUUGUUUUAUUUGAAGGGGUAAAUAUGAGUUUGGACCAGGUUCGAGUUGAUUUUUUUCUGGCCAGGAGGCAGUCCUCAGGGUUUGGAUGUUAGGUUUAGUCCUCAUCUAGCACCAUGAAGGGGUGAACGUCUCUCAAAUUUAUAUCAGACCACAGCAGUUGAUAAAUGUAGUUAAAACAUCAGCAAUAGCCAGCUAUUGUUGAUCAUAAAAAAGUAAAAGAGUUGGUGCUAACAUGCUCAAACAGACUGAAACCAGAACCUGGUUCUUGCUGGUCGUAAAGGAGUGAGGGCCUUCAUUUCAACUUUUACUCUGAAAUCUGGAAUCAGAUCUUAAAUGUCAGAUCUGGUUGAAACGUCACAUGAAGGACUGAACAAACACCUGGCUAUUAUCAAAAGUUAAAUGAGUUAGCACUAGCUUUAGCAUCCAGAGGAGUCAUAAUCCUCAGAUCUGGCUCAAACAUUAGACUGGCACCUGGUUCCUGCUGGUCAACCCGAUUCUUGAUCAUCACACAUUUUUCCAGUCUGUAGCAUUAAAAGCCCCUCAUCAGGAUCGAUUGUUAUUUCUAGACUUGAAUUAGCACUCAGAUGAACUGAGCUGGUGCUAGCUUUAGCAUGUGUUUUUCGAAGAACUGACUCAAAACGUCAGUCCCAGCCCUGAAGUAGCGCCUGGAUGUGGUUGGUGGAGGUCGGGUAAAACAGACGGUGCUCACUGAGCCCUCAUUCUCCUGACCUAGAGCCACGUCUUUAAAACUGAACAAAUGUUCAGACAUUAGCACUGAUUUUCAAAGAUAUUGACUCCAGCGGUGAACAAUCGCCUCGUCCUCGUCAGUCGGAAAGGGUCAAAGUGAGUUGGUUCGGGUUAAACCCUGAACGAGCGCCUGAUCCCUUCUGGUGAAAAAGAAAUGACGAUCUUGGGGGGGCUUGGUUUGUUCCGGCCAGGAACCUGAGACACCCCCCCACCCUCCUCCUCCUCCUCCUCCUGCCUCAAAAUGAGCCCAACCAUUGAUUCUGUCCCUUGAUGCCUGUUUUUAAUCGACGUCCGUCUUGUGUUACAGUCUGAUCGAAAGUUUGGAAUCGCUCCAAAAUAUUUCACGGCACUCAGUGAUUUUAUAUCUCCCACCUCCCUCCUGCUGCAUGAACGACAGACCCCCCAAUCCACUACUUGUAUUUAUAACAGGAUAGACGAAAACAGACAUAAUAACAAGAAGAAGUAGCCUUUUUCUAUUUAUUCAGAGGUACCAGAUGACCGAUUUUGUGCUCUCUCCUUUGGAAUCACACUGUAACAACAUUAUUUUCUGGCUGCUAACGAGAAAAAAGAAAAAAAAAGUGAAUUUUUCUGUGUCGUAUUAAUACUGGCUUAAAGGCUGCUAUACUGUCGAUUUAACUCACCUACAGCUUAAACUGCCACAACUUUUUACAGUAUAGUUCUAGAGAGCUGGAAACCAAAGGUAACUUGUAUUAAUCAUUAAUUUAAACCUU